ACUGAGCGGCGGCGCGUUGCGCGGGAGCCGGGCCCGGCCCGGGCGGCGGUAACCACGGCAACGCGGCCUAGGGACAGCGGCAUCGUCCAGACCACCGGCCCGGUUAGCGUCAACACCAUGACUUCCCUGCUGGAGGAUCCAUCGUUGGAACAGCAUUUUAAAGGCCAUCGUGACACUAUCACAAGUAUUGACUUUAAUGCUAACAUGAAGCAAUUGGCAACAGGAUCUAUGGAUUCAUGUGUCAUGAUCUGGAAUUUGAAACCACAGAUGAGAGCUUAUCGAUUUGUUGGUCACAAAGAUGCAGUUCUUUCAAUCCAGUUCUCUCCCUCUGGUCAUUUACUGGCUUCUGCUUCACGAGAUAAAACAGUCCGCCUCUGGGUUCCCAGUGUGAAAGGCGAGUCAACAGUAUUAAAAGCUCAUACAGGGACCAUACGAAGUGUUCAGUUCUCCAGAGAUGGACAAUUGCUAGUUACUGCUUCUGAUGACAAAACGAUUAAAGUUUGGACGGUUCAUCGUCAGAAGUUUCUUUUUUCUCUGAGCCAGCAUAUAAAUUGGGUCCGUUGUGCCAAGUUUUCUCCUGAUGGGCGACUCAUUGUUUCUGCCAGUGAUGAUAAAACUAUUAAAAUUUGGGACAAAGCAACUAGGGAAUGUAUAUAUUCAUUUUAUGAACAUGGAGGAUUUGUUAACUAUGUAGAUUUCCAUCCCAAUGGAACCUGUAUCGCAGCAGCAGGAACAGACAAUACUGUAAAACUUUGGGAUAUUCGUAUGAAUAAGCUUCUUCAACAUUAUCGAGUGCAUAGUGCUGUGGUAAACUGCCUCUCAUUUCAUCCAACUGGAAAUUAUCUCGUCACUGCAUCCAAUGAUUCAACGUUAAAGAUACUUGAUUUGUUGGAGGGAAAGUUGCUCUACACUCUCCAUGGUCAUCAGGGUCCUGCUACUUGUGUCAUUUUUUCCACUGCCGGGGACUUCUUUGCUUCGGGAGGUUCAGAUGAACAGGUUAUGGUAUGGAAGACCAAUUUCGAUGCUGCAAAUUAUGAGGAGAAAUUGAAAAAUCAAUCUCAACCUGUUAAUUGUGUGCUGAAGGACUUGGAGAUUUCUUCUCAGUUACCAGAAUGUGCUUCAAAGAAGCAUGCUGCAGAGCAGCUUUUGAAGACAGAUUUUUCAGAUGCUGUGUCAAACUUUCCAAGUCAACAAAAGAAAUAUUCAAGCAAUAUUCUGGCAUCUAAGUCAGAACCAGCUCUUCCCUUCAACCAGUCUCAUCAAGAAGAGAGUGGCAUUCCCUCCGCCCUUGCAAGUACUCUGGAGCAUAUAGUAGGUCAGCUGGAUGUCCUUACUCAGACAGUGACGAUUCUUGAACAGCGACUUACAUUAACAGAAGACAAACUCCGUGAAUGUCUUGACAAUCAGCAGAAGUCAUGAUUAAAGUCAGGUGAUUGAAAGCAGAUGAAAGAAACAAGUAAAUUGACAGACUAAGCACCUUAACUAGCAGGCAUGCUUAAUGUGUAGAAAUCCACCGAUCACCAAUCCAAGUUUUGUAAAUGAUUCAUUCUUCCCUAAUAUUGUCUGAUAACAAUUGUAAUGGAAUUUUAGGUUGUAAUAUAUAAAUAGCUUUUGUACUUUUGUUACUAUGCCCUCUAUGUGAGCCAGUAUUUUUUAUAAAAGAGUAAAUAGUUUGUUUCACUUCAAAAUAGAUCCAUAUACACACGGAUCUCAUAUGUUUAAAUAAACUUUUGAUUUUGAGGAA